AUGUUCCUCCUGUUCUUCCUGCACCUCUGGCUGGCCACGGGGUCCCCCGGGGGCACCUCCGAUCUCCGGCUGGAAGACCCCGCAGGAGAGCAGACCCUGGAGAUCUCUGCCCUGACUCUCAACGAAAGCUGUCGGGAGCAAAUCCUCCAGCGCGCCAGGACGGUGAUGUGCCAGCUGCUGCACUUAGACCACCCACCCCGGCUGACGUCCAGCAUGACCCACCAGGUGCGAGAAGAAUGGGCCAAAGAAAGAAGGUCUUUGGACCCCUCCAUUGGGGGACGGCCUCUCAAUCUCGGCUGGCAAAGUUGGGUGCUGAGCCCCACUUCCUUCACCUUCACCGAAUGUCUGGGGUGCCAUUGUCACCGCAUCGAAGAAGAGACACCGCUGGAUCUCUGGAGCCUGGCUUGCGGCCUCCAGCAGCCAAGCCAUCAAGGCCAGGUGGAUGCCCAACAGAAAUUCCAGCCGGAUCUGGCAGCCGGGAGCAGCAACACAGCCGCCACCUUCGUGCCCAACCUCAACGCCAUCACCACCAGCCACAGCCUGCAGUGGAUGGUGCAGCCUUCCCUGAUGGGCGCCUCUUCGGGACUCCCUCCUUUCCCGCGGCCUUAUCGCUGCCCGCACUACGCAGCCGGCAUCCGUCCUGGCGUGAUUCGCACCAUGGGCCCGGGCUCAGUGCCUCGGAGGCGUCACUCGGAGCACCUUAGCCCGGAGGAGGAAGAGCGACGGCGUUUGCGGAGGGAACGGAACAAGCUGGCAGCCGCCAAAUGCCGCAAUCGGCGCAAAGAGCUGACCGACACGUUGCAAGCGGAAACGGAUCAAUUGGAAACCGAGCAGUCGGGCCUCCGGAAGGAAAUUGCGGAACUGCAGAAACAGAAAGAACGUCUGGAAUUAGUGCUGGAAGCCCACCGACCCAUCUGCAAGAUCCUGGAAGAAUCGUCCGGAGAUGAGGGGGGCCACAGCCGGCCAGCCGGCCCCUCCCAACUGCUGGACAAACAGGAGUCUCCUCCGGGCCCCCGGCAUGGCUCCCGCCGGACGGCCCCGGUGCCCCCCAGCAUCACGCUGCCCCCCAGCGGCCUGCUGGAGCCCGAAUCCCUGCACACCCCCACCCUCAUGUCCACCCCGUCUUUCACCCCGUUUACCCCUAGCCUGGUCUUCACCUACCCGGCGCCGGGGGACUCCGAUGGGCCCUCGGGGUCCGGCUUUCCCUCCGAGCCCUGCUCCUCCGCCCACCGAAGGAGCAGCAGCGGGGACCACUCCUCGGAUUCGCUCAAUUCUCCAACCUUGCUGGCGCUUUGA